AUUUAACUAAGUAAAAUCGCCUUGUAUACAUUUUUUUGUAUAUACGUAUGUAUAUAAAAAUUAUUUGAAAUUAAUAUAAUUUUCUACUCGCCUUAGUCACUAAGUCACUACACGGCAAAAACAGAUUUUAUUAAACAGAAUGUGCGUUAAUUAUAAUAUCACUGUGAACAAACCAUCUGCCUUGCAUUUAAAAUGAAUAUUAAUAUUUUAUUAUUGCAAAAAGUAAGGGAGUCACUAUAUAAGACUUCAAGUCUAUCUCCAUUGAUAACACUCGGUCAGAGAUGAAAUUCUUAAGAAGCCUCGGUUUAGAUUACUGUGAUCUCCCGACGAUUUUGAUAAACGUCAGUGUACUUUUAAGGGUUGUCACUAUUAAAAUAAAUAGUAACGAUACUCAACCUGUUUCAUGGGCUUUGUAUUUGAUAAUCACUAUAUGUAGCAGUUGUUAUUUUUUCGCCUAUGUCGUCAACUUAGUAUGGUUUGUGCUUGUACGAUGUGUCGAAACCGGAGACUUCAUCACAGCGAUGGUGGCAUUGUCCCUUACAUUUUGCAGUGGAACUUGCUUAGCUAAGUUUCUUUACAUGAAAAUGUAUACCAACACGGUGAUGAAUUUAGUCGAUGAAUAUCGACUUUGUGACAAAUUACUUGUAAGUGAUACACGUUUUGCAAUGAAUCGUAUGAACAACUUAAGAAUAAUCAAAAAGCGCGCUAUAACUGUCUGGCUUGUACUUGUUACCAAUGCUGUAAUAUAUCUCUUGACGCCCUUAUUGAGUCCUGGACGUCAUUUCGCAGAAGAUUUAUAUGUGCUUUAUGGCUUAGAACCAUCGUUUGAAACGCCAAACUACCAAAUAAUUUUUGCUAUUGAAGCAGCUUCAAUAUUUUUUUCUAUUUCGACUACGGUACAUAUAACAGUAUUUAUAAUAGUCAUUGUUGGUUGCAUCGAAGCUCAGCUGCUGGCUCUCAGCGAAGAACUGGAAAAUAUGUGGGAAGAUAGUGCAAAAUUUUAUGAGCGGUAUGGGAAUGGAAACGAAAGGUUCUCCAGAAACGUCUUUUUGAAGAUGCGCCUUCAGGAUAUUGCUAAAUUACAUAUUGUAACUAUUAAUCUCAGACAAAACGUCGACAAGGAACUCCGAUUUCUUUUUGUUGUAGAUUGUAUUUUUAUGAUUCUUGCCAUUGUCACCGAACUAGUUGGUGGACUAGAAAACACAAUAGUGCAGUUCCCUUUCACGAUUGCUAUUGUAUUUAUAGAUUGUUUUAUUGGACAAAAGCUCAUUGACGCUAGUGAUGUGUUUGAGAGUUCCAUUUAUGGUUGUAGGUGGGAAAAUUUCGAUGUUCACAAUCAGAAAACAGUUCUAUUUAUGUUAAAGAAUUCACAAAAAACGCUAUAUUUAUCAGCAGGGGGAAUAGCAGUGCUGAAUAUGUCUUGCUUAAUGUGUAUUUUUCGGACUACAUAUUCUGCUUACACUACCUUGCAAACGUCAGGGUAGAUGUUUACUUGAAAAUAAAGCUUGUAAAAUUUAUCUACAGAUACUACUUCUUUACAAUUUGUAAUUAUUUUAUAACUAGUAUAGCUUUCUGUAUGAUUUUAAAACACUGCUGAAAUAACUAAUUGGUAGUAUGUUGAAAUCUUGU